GUACUGUACGAUUGGGAUUUAGAACUCAGCACUUAAGGCAAUGUCGUUCACUAAGUUAAGACCUUUUCAUAAUUAACAGGGUCUAAGUGUAAACUUCACACACAUACACACUGCGACUGGUUUCCAUUUGCAAGCGACAGCCAUUUACUUAUGAGUUUUGAGUUGAGUUAUUACUGUGAUCCCGGGUUUGUUUGUGUUCAUUUCUGGGAUUUCUUCCUUAACAACGAAUGGAGUUUUCCGUGUGAUACAUACAGGAAUAUGAAGAAUUGAUCGCAGAAUGCUGCAGAAGAAUAUCGGCAAAUUAGUACUCGGUUCCAUUGAGCCACGCAAAUCAGUGAUUAUAGCAGCAAUGGUUUGAAACAUGUCAGGGCUUUCCGUGGGGUAAAUCUGAAAUGAUGUGUAUUGGGAGAAUGGGAGUACCACAGUUAGACAUGGUAAACGGCAGCUUUGGUGGAGUUAUCAACAAUCUUUAUAAAGUUAUCUUGGUGUUGUUAACCAUCAUGUUUCAGAGCACCAGUUCCUUUAACAACCGAAGCGCAAAACCCAUCGCCUCCGCCUUCCUUGCCGGGGAUAUCAUUCUUGGAGGUUUGUUUCCCGUUCAUCACAAAGGUAUUGGCGAACAACCAUGUGGAGAAAUAAAUACUGACCGUGGGAUCGAACGCCUUGAAGCUAUGCUUUUUACAAUUGAUGAAAUCAACCGAGAUCCCAGUAUAUUACCGGGGAUACAUCUCGGCGCAUCUCUUUACGACACGUGUGCUAGAGGAACGUAUGCGUUAGAACAAUCUCUUGAGUUCAUCAGAGCCUCAUUUUACUCUCUCGAUACUUCAGAAUUUGUGUGUUCGGACGGAUCACAAGCUACAGCCAAGUUAUCUCCAACUAAAGUGACCGGAGUCGUCGGAGGAUCAUACAGUACGGUUUCUAUGCAGGUGGCUAAUUUAUUAAGGUUAUUUAAACUUCCACAAGUGAGUUAUGCAUCUACCAGUGCUUCGCUUAGUGAUAAGACGCGUUACGACUAUUUCUUGCGUACAGUGCCUCCGGAUACAUUACAAGCUAAAGCUUUGGUUGAUAUCGUUCAAGAAUUUAAUUGGACUUACGUGUCGACAGUCUCGUCUGAGGGCGAGUAUGGGUCAUCCGGUAUAGAUUACUUCCAGCAAGAAGCCCGAGCUAAAAAUAUCUGCAUAGCUGCAAAUGUUAAAAUUCCAGCCAAAUCAACUAAUGCUACUUUUGAUAGAACUAUACGCGAUUUAUUAGAAAAGCCAGAGGCGAAAGUUGUGAUUGUGUUCGUUAGAAUUGAGGAUGCGAAAGGUCUACUUGAUGCCGCAACACGGUUCAAUCUUACAGGUCAACAUGUGUGGGUCGCCAGUGACGCAUGGGGUCGACAAGAUGCUCCUGUGAAAGACAAUCAACUGGCAGCACAAGGCGCAAUAACUUUAGAACUACAAUCAACGCCAAUCAAAACAUUCGAAAGUUAUUUUCAGAACUUAAACCCUCGAGGGAAUAAACGUAACCCGUGGUUUCGCGAAUAUUGGGAGGCCAUUAAUAAAUGUAGUUGGAAAGAGAACAAGUACACUUCAACAUCCAGAAAUAUUCGAUAUUGCACGGGGGCUGAAAAACUUACUAGAAAAAUCACCCAACAGGAAGGCAAAGUGCAAUUUAUUUAUGACGCGGUAUAUGCGUUAGCUAUAGCCUUGGAUACAAUGCAGAAAACUUUAUGCCCGAACACGACCCGACUGUGUCGCGCCAUGGAACGAAUUGAUGGAGAACGACUCCUGAAGGACUUUCUGUUGAAUGUAUCUUUUGAUGACGGCUAUGGUGCUCACGUGCAGUUUGAUAAACAUGGUGAUGCUCUUGGUAGAUACACAAUCAUGAACUACCAACGAAACAGAACGAGUCGUCGUUACGAAUAUCAAGAGAUAGGAAGAUGGUCAAAGAAUUUGGAUUUGGAUUUGGAUAAAAUCAUUUGGGCUGGUGGUACGGACAAGAUUCCCAAUUCCCGUUGUAGUGAACCAUGCAAAGAGGGAGAGAUUAAAAAUAUGCGUCAAGGAGAUCCAUGUUGCUGGAUCUGUACGAAAUGUCAGCCUUGGGAAUAUGUCAAAGAUGAGAAAACUUGCGAGUCGUGCGGUAUGGGCGGUUGGCCGUACACAAAUAAAUCAGGUUGCUAUAGGCUUGUGAUAGAACAUAUGACCUGGACGAGCAUCUACGCUAUUGUCCCAAUGUGCUUAGCCGCCGUAGGAAUCAUGUGUACAAAUUUUGUUAUAUUAUUGUUUAUUAUGUAUAAUAAUACCCCGGUUGUGAUGGCCUCAGGCCGAGAACUUAGUUACAUGUUGUUGUGUGGAUGCCUCAUUUGCUACCUUAUGACUUUUGUGCUGUUAGCCAUGCCAUCUAUCAUUAUAUGUGCUUUACAACGAUUCGGUGUGGGAUUCGGAUUUUCCAUUAUCUAUUCGGCACUUUUAACUAAAACGAAUCGAAUAUCUCGGAUUUUUGAAAGUGCUAGACGGUCUGCAAAACGCCCGCCGUUUAUAAGCCCAAAGUCACAGAUUCUGUUAGCGCUCAUUCUUAUAUCCAUUCAAAUUCUGUUUACAGCCGUUUGGUUGUUAAUUGAAACACCGGGAACAAGACACCACAUCCCAGAUGAAAGAAAACCACUUAUCAUUUUAAAAUGCAAAAGCGAUGAUAUCUCAUUUUUAGUUUCUUUAGUGUAUAAUAUGUUACUCAUAAUAAUAUGUACUGUUUAUGCUGUGAAGACGAGGAAAAUUCCAGAGAACUUUAAUGAAUCUAAAUUCAUAGGCUUUGCUAUGUAUACAACGUGCAUAAUAUGGUUAGCGUUCGUGCCAAUCUAUUUUGGAACGUUGAAUUCUUUUAAGAUUCAAAUCACUACACUGUGCGUCUCCAUAUCAUUGAGUGCGUCUGUUGCCUUGCUUUGUCUUUUUUUCCCCAAAGUGUACGUCAUUGUCUUCCAGCCGCAGAAAAAUGUGAGAAAGCUAACCAUGAAUUCGGCGAGUUAUAAACUGGCACAGACAGGUUCAACUGGAACAUCUAAUAAUUAUGCACCGUCAUCGGAACACAUUAGGUUAAAUGUUCAGCAACGAUUUGGCGCCGGAACGACUACAGAAACGGAGACAGACCGGGAUAGUCUGGCAUCAUUAUAAGUAGGACAGACAGAUAGUGUUUAAAUAAGCUCCUAUUUAAGAAGAUAGAUAACUUAGUGAUGUGAUUCCUGUAGGGACCAAGGGACGUUGCAUUAAGAGGAAUACUAACUAUAUCAUGUGGGCUUGUGCUGGAGAAACAAGACACAAGUCUUUGCUAAGGUUGAGGUUAAACUUUAUUUACCACCGAUUGGUUGCUAGUGGUUUGAAAGAGGCAGUUGAUAUGCUAGUAGAAUUAAGUUAGCUUCAUUAGGAAUAAUCGUCACUGUGUUAAUUAGUGCUGAGAUUUAAUCAAAUAAUGCGCCAAAUGGCAGCAGUUAUCAGAUAGAGACAGAUGAACCACCAAUAGCAACAUAUAUUAAAGGGAAUUGAUGUAGAGUGUUCUGUGGACGAACACGUUACUUUACAGAUUACAAAUAACUAUAACAAGGAGAAUUAACAUUUUGUGUUUUAACCGUGGUUAAAUGGUAAAAUUGGCUUGCUUACAAUCAUUGGAUAACACCUUAAGACACUUAAAGUAAACAGUGGAUGCCGUUUACAUUAUUUCAAAGAAUCACAUACUUGCACCCCCCUAAAAGAGACUUCAUCUACAAUGUUAAAUUAUAUUAACACUGAUUAACAUAUCGGUUAACGAAUUUAAUUCCAUUUUUCGAUUAAUCAAAAUAUAUAAAUCAUCGAAAUUAAUCAUUUUUCAGACAAUUAUUUAACAAAAGAAAUCACUUAACAUAUUACAGAUUGCGGUUUACUUAUGUAAUGAAAAUAAUAUUAUGGUAGAUGUAGAAUUGAAAUGCUGUAUUUUUUAUACCUAUUUUGAAAUUGUAUGAGACAGAUGACCUAAUGUUUCAACUUAAUUGUUGUAAUCGAUCUUACAAUAAUUGAAAUCUAUGUUAGUUUAAUUUGAUCGUAAGCUAGCUUAGCCGCAGAUGUCGAUUAGGAGCGAAUAAGUGUCUUCAAAUAAUUAUUGAUUGGCUAAAAAGAGUGGUCUCCAUAUUUGUUUUAAUCUUCUUUGAAAAAUCUUACUGACAAUAAUGCUUUACUCAUUCCAAUUAACACUAACAAAGUGACAUCACAUAUUCAAUAAAGAAGCUAGAAUACAAAACUUGCUAUUUCAAGAACCUAAACAAAGAUUGAUAUACACUUCAAUUGGUUUUAAAACAAUUUUGGUUCUGGUCAGAAAACUCAAAAUAAAACAUAACACCGGAAACUGAUAGUAAAUGGUGGCUAUAAAAGUGCUAUAGUAAAUUAGUAUGUAUAAGAACAAGCCAAAUUAUUUAAAAACAACUCGAUAAAAAUGAGCAGUUUCAAUAUAUAAAGCUAUAAAUGUGUACAAAUCGAAAGAAAGUCGUCGUUCACUAAAGGAAUGAAUGGCUGGAAUAAGGUUUAAAGGAGCUAAAUCGUUAUUCUUCGGCACCUAGAAAUGGACACACAUGGGCCGCAACGCAUAUAAUAAUGUAAUAUGAAUGUAUAUAAACUGAUUUUCAUUCAUUCGUUUCUGUUUGUACUGUAAUUUCUAAUCAGUUAAUCAGAAGCCCAUCUUUUCAAGAUAAUAUAACAACACUAAUAUUGAUUUAAAUUGACCAAUAAGGCGUGUUUGCAAUUAUAAACACUGGAUGAUAUUGAGUUGGCGACUUGGCUCUUUUAACAACCUACUUUCCUGCACCAACUUGGAUAACGAGGAUGGUCAUCUAAUCAGUUGAUUGUUACCAAGAACACAUUGAAUAUUUGGAGCGACUUAUCAUUCGUCAAUGAAAAAAUAAACGUACUCAUUUACAAUCUACAACUAGAAUGACAUUGACUUAACCAUGGAAAAUACAUGGUUUAUUCAUAUCACAUAUCUUGUAAGGCUUGUGUCGAUAUUUGACGAUAUCGCAUGAUGUUUUGCAACUAAGAAACUAUAUGAGAUAAAGGAUGAAUUUUAAUAUUCAUUACUUUAAUUGUGUAUGGAACAAUCACAAAUUUUGUGGUGGUCGCAAUAUAAUCUGUGAAGUGUAUUUUACCAAACUCAGUAAGUACCAGAAAGACCAUUUUAUAUUCCUUAUGCCAAUAUCAAAUAAGUGGGAUAAUAUAAAUCGAAAAUAAACACCAAAGGAAUAUUGGAUUGUAUAUAAUGUAUAGUGUUUACGAAAGAGAUUUUCACGUGAAAUUAUUUCUGGUGACCCUUCUGUUCAUCAUGAAAUGACCCCAACGAGGGAUUUUAACGAGUUACAAAACUCCUUAAAGAUAUUUAUAAUUAUGCGAUAUCCAUAUUAUACACUAUCCCUGUAUUGUCAUUGCGAGAUAAAUGUACAUUCUAUAAAUACACGCGAUUGUCAAAUGUUCUACGUCAUAACAAUGUGUGCAUUAUGGUGCUACGUGGUUCGAUUAAAUCGAUUUGCUCUGUAAAUGCUAUAUCAUGUAUAAUUCUUGUAAUUGUAAAUAAAGGUAUU